AUGUUAGCAAACAAGACGACUUUACCGACAGCUAAGGAAGUAGAAAGUAACAUGUUAGCAAACAAGACGACUUUACCGACAGCUAAGGAAGUAGAAAGUAACUCCAAAGCUCUCCACACGUGCCAGCUCUGCCAGUUCACCGCCAAAACCAGAAAACUACUCGCUCAGCACUUGUCGGAGAAGCACGAAGCUAACGAAGCUAACGAAGCUAACGUAGCGAGCGGCGAGAAGCGGCUCAAGUGCAGCCAGUGCGAGUUCACGAGUCGGUUCCAGACGGUUUUGGAGCAACAUCUGAGGAGCCACGGAGGGAAGCGUCUGUACAAGUGCAACUACUGCGACUACUGCAGCGGCAACCGGCAGAAGAUCACCUGGCACCUGCGCAUCCACACCGGAGACAAGCCGUACAGCUGCAGCCAGUGCAACUACCACUGCACCACACCCACCAGACUGACGCAGCACAUGCGUGUGCAUCAGGAGGAGAGGAAGUUCCUGUGUCCUGAGUGUGGAUACAAGUGCAAGUGGGCCACACAACUGAAGAGUCACAUGACCAAACACACGGGAUUUGAGGCUCAGCAGCUGAACCCAGCGCCUUCUGCUCCGAGGUGUUACAACACCUCUCAUGUCACUCACCCACAGAAAGAGCCCAAACGUCACUUUGAACCCAUCCCCGCAGCAGGAGGCUGA